UCCCGGAAUUGUCUUCCGUCCGAGUCAUUGUGCGCAGUGGGUGUUUAAGCGGCGGUGCUAUUCCGCAUCAUUCGAAUUCAGUGUACUGAGUGUUGUCUAAAAAUCUCCGGUUAAUUUAUCAAAUAAUGGGCCAAGACGGUGAGGUAUCUAACGAUCAAGGGGGUGAAGUCAACCCCGCCGCUGCUGGUGGAGUCACUUUUGUUUCUGUAGAAUUCGAAGUCUACGGUCAUGUUCAAGGAUGCUACUUCACCAAGUUCUGCAAAGAUACGGCCGAUCAGCUGGGCCUAUCCGGAUGGGUGAAAAAUUCCAAAAAGGGAACCAUCGUCGGUAAAGUUCAAGGAGAGAAAAUUCGAAUUGACGAAAUGGCACAAUGGCUGACGAGGACAGGUAGCCCCGGAUGCAAGAUCGACCACACCGAGCUUCGCAAUUGGGAAUACCUUGCACGGCCCGAGUUCCGCGGAUUCAGCAUCCGUUUUUGAAGCGAAUGAAAAUGGUUUUUCUUUGUUUUUUCAAUGUCCCGCUAAUCAUUUAAAACAUCCACCAAUUCACUUGUCAAUGUAGAGGCACAUGCCCACACCAUAUCGGCCAAAGCAGAAUCGAAUUUCAGAACUUUUAAUUAGAUGCUGCUUGAGAGGAAAACAGAUUCCGGGUGUAAAUACGGCGAUGGGAUUCACUGCUUGGGUGGUUUAACGAUCAUCAAAUUCAAACAUGACAAUUGUGUAUAUGAAGCUGUUACAAAACAGAAAUACACUGCCCUUGGAAUUGUU